AUGGCGGAAGCUGCUCAGAAGCAAGUACUGACCUCACUCAAAGGCUUCCUCAAAUCCGGCGCCUACUCCGAUCUCACCAUCACUUCCGGUAGUGACACCUUCAAUGUCCACAAGGUCAUUGUCUGCGAGCGCGCCGAAUUCUUUGCCCGCACGCUGAAGUUCGGUGGGAAGGAAUCUGAGAGUGAUAUCAUUGAUCUUCCUGAGGAUGAACCGGCUAUUGUUAAGCUUCUGGUUCAGUACCUCUACGAAGGCGAGUACGAGCCGUUGCUGCCAGACGGCAAAUCUUCACUAGCUCUAUCAUCAGUCGAUCUAAAGGAAUCUCGCCCAAAACACGAUUCGAACGGAACGCCCUACAACUAUAACUUCCCACAUAGCUGCGGUAACGGACGUUGCCGUUUCAAUUGCAUCAAGUUCAACUGCGAAGAAUGCAACCCUUCGGUUCCUCCACUACCUCUGCUCAAUGGCAAAGCCGAUCAACUCCUCCUCCAUGCCAAAAUGUACGAGUACGCCGACAAAUACGACGUUGUCGGACUCAAGGAUCUGGCCAUCGAAAAGUUCAUCCGGUCAUGUAAGCACUUCUGGAAUGAGGACGAGUUCUCCAUCGCCGCUCACCAUGUCUUCUCCACCACCGUCGACACAGACCUGGGCCUCCGCGACAUCGUCAGUGCCACGAUCUGUGCACACAUGGGACUGGUCAAGAAGCCUGAAGUCAAGGUCCUCAUGACCGAGUUCAACGGCCUUGCUCUAGGUAUCUUGGAGUUGAAGAUAAUUGAGCAUGGUUGGUAG